CCAAGAAAGCGCGCCGCUCUGGUUUUGUUUCCGUCUUGCGGCGGCGUCAGAGCACCGGCCGCCAAGGAUGGCGGCCCUGGCGGCGAGCCGCCGCCUGCUCCACCUCCGGCCGGAGCUAGGGCUGUGCCUCCGCUCCCGUGCCCUAAUCCCCUACCCCUGCUGGACGAAGGGGGUUGGUCGUUUCCGGUACGAGCCUCCGCGGCGGAGGUUCUUCUGCUGCCGGCGAGGUGACUACGGGGAGGUGAAUGCGGCAGCCAGGAACAAGCAGUUGCGGAGGUUGACUUCGGAUGAACAGGUGACUCGUGGCAAGGACGACGACGACGCACCCGCUACCUUCGCCGAUGGAUUCGCACAGCUUUCCUGUGAAGAGGAGGAAAGCGAUGACGUGGUGGGCGGGAUCAGCGAAAGCAUGGUGAAAGAUGUGGAGAAGGCUGCAGUCGAGUUGCUUGCUGCCAGAGCAUUCACUGUCUCAGAGUUGAGGAAGAAACUACGUGCUAAGAAGUUUCCUGAUAAUGCAGUUGAUUCUGUGAUUACUGAUUUCAAGUCAAGGGGUCUGCUGAAUGAUGGUUAUUAUGCGGAAUCAUUUUCACGGUCCCGAUGGCUAUCAUCAACUUGGGGUCCAAAGCGUAUAAAACAGGCACUUCGCCAAAAAGGGGUGCCAGAUGCAGAAGUAGACCAGGCGACAAGAAGAGUAUUCCAAGAUGGCCAUUCAAACCAGACAAUGCAUGGCAUCUCAGAGGAUUCAUUGGAUCAUCUCUUUGCCCAGGCAGCUAAACAGUGGCAGCGGGGGCAAAGCCUGCCCCUUGAGAAUCGCCGUGCACGCGUAGUGCGGUGGCUUCAGUACCGAGGAUUCAACUGGGCUGUAACCAAUGCCAUUGUCAGGAAGCUGGAGGCACAGCAUCCUCCCUGAGUAUUGAAUUGAGCCUCCUUUGCAAGGUACAAUGGUUUGCUAUUUCUGUAGCUUGCAGAUGCCUUCUACUUCUACAGCUCUGUAUCUGGUUUCUGAUUAACAUGCCAAAUAAACAGUAGGGCAGGAUAAUAUUUAUAUAAAUUUUAUUAACUCAUCACGUUGCAUGAUUAACAUUUAUUGUCAAUCAAUACAGAGGGAGCAAUAGACAACAAAAAAAGAAUAAUCAAAACGAGGCUAUAUAUGUUAGCCUUAAUGAAGGAUGGGUCGAUGCCGAUGGGGUUGGCAUAUAUAUGUUCGACCAAUAUUACAGGGACGAAGAAUCAUUCACUUGGGCUUCAUUCUUUCUUACUCGUUCAGGCGUCAGCGGCGCUUGGAGACGGGCUGCUCGCGCUGCUGGACUCUUCCGCCGGGCCGGGGGCUGCCGCCGGCCCGGCCGGCCCCUCAGCGGGCGCUUCGGCAGGCGUCGAGGACUCCAAGAUCCUGGAGGAGCUGAUGGAGGCAGUGACGGUCUUGGCUUCCGCGAACGGCGCCACCGCGACGGCGGCGAGGAGGAUCACGACGAGGGCGAAGGCGCGAGCCAUGGCCGCUGCAGCUGUUGGGUUGGUUACUUGGUACGCUUGAAAGAUUUUUUUUUUGAUUUGGUACGCUUGAAAGGUGAUGAGAGGCAAGGCGCACGCGAGGUGGCUUUAUACGUGAGACGGUGGCUAUUCUCGGGGUGGCCCUCCGACAACGGUGUCCGUUUUUGGUGCGGGGCCAGUGACCACUGACCGGUGUUCCAUUGGAUCCGGCCCUGCCAUCGUGAUUUCUCUAACUUUUGGAGGGGCAGAUAGAUGGCAGUGUCUUGUAAUAGAAAACAUCAAUACGCUUGUUCUUUUUUUCCCCCUCUUUUUAAUGGCGACCGAAUUUGGAUUGUGGUUUCAUUUUGUGCUUGAUUGCUACCAAUGUGACGAUUUGUGAAUAGGAAAGCGUUAGUGUUCGACUGCUUAGGUUCCUGUAAACUCAAAUGCGAGGCGAGCGGAGUGAGACACCUGGCCGUGAUGCCGAUCCCCUCGGAUCGCCGAGAGAGCCUAAGACCUGAUUAC